UAAGCAAACAUUGCGUCAAAGGAGAACUGUGAAGGGGAAGAUGUGACUGUCCCACUCAAGUUGAUUGUCCUCGCCUCUCCACGUCGCCAUGGGUCUUCGAGGAUCCAAGCUACCCGAGGUCCAAGUUCUCCUGCUGGGCCUGGACAACGCCGGGAAGUCGACGCUCCUCUACAAACUGAAGCACCACGCGUGUGUCAGCACCGUCCCCACUAUCGGCUUCAACGUGGAAAUGAUGGAGGCGAGAAAGAGUGGGAAGAACAUCGCCCUGAUCCUGUGGGAUGUCGGUGGCCAGAGGAAGAUGCGGGAGCACUGGAGGGGUUUCCACCAGGACGCAGGGGCUGUGGUGUUCGUCGUGGACAGCUCGGACAGGACGCGUCUGGAGGAGGCGCGCAGGGAGCUGGAAAAGACGCUGAGGAGCGAGCAGCUGACGGGACGCCCGCUCAUUCUGUUCGCUAACAAACAGGACGUGAACGGAGCUCUGACCGUCACGGAAAUCAAGGACAGGUUCCACCUGGGGAAGAUGUGUCACGGGCGGGACUGGUUCGUCCAGCCUUGCUCGGCGUCCACGGGAGUUGGAGUCGAAGAGGCUUUCAGACGAGUGAUCCAACUGGUCAAACUCCCAUCAGAGCCCGGGGCGAUGAAAGACAACAUCAAGGAUAAAGUGCACUACCUCAGAGCAAGCAGCAGACAUUAAGUUUUAUUUAUUUAAAUGUGUUAAUUUUUUAGGGCCGGAGCACUGACAGGUUCUGACAGUGCUAUUGAAAUUGUAAGGAUUCUUUUUUUUUUUCAGUCAAAUGAAUGGGCUAUUUAUUAUUAUACAUUUUUUUUGUUUUUUAUUUAAUUUAAUUGAUUUUUUGUUGACCUCCUUCGCAGAAGCGGAUUGCGUACCUUCUGACAUUUUGCUUCAGUGUGUAAAUAAGAAUAAUCGCCCGCCAAUAAACUGAACAAAGAAGAAGUAAUAAAUAACAGUAACAACUGUAACUUUAGACUUUUGCAAUAAACAUUGAGUAAAAUAAAAGGCUAUUAUUAUGGUAUCAUGGACACGACAGGAAACAAAACACGCCAUGAUAUAACAAAACAACUGUCGAGUACGACAAGGAGAGGUUUUCACUGGUGUAUGCAUAUCUUCUUUCAAUAAUUAAACAGAGAUCGAUUAUCUCA